UCAUAGAUAUGCACUCAUAUUCGGUGUUGUUAGGACUGCCUUGGGCAAUGACGGUAGGUGCCAGCAUGCAUUUCGAUUCCAAGCAGUUGGUGCUCACACAAACAGGAGGAAAACCUUCGACAGUCCCGUUGCGAAUUUCAACCCGAACAGUAAAAAAGAAUCCUAAUCCUGCUCGAAUAACGAUGAUUCAAGGUCCCGAUCACGAGGAAUUUUCAUCCCCGGGUAAUAGUAGCGGAUUCGAAGAACAGGAGUGUGAAGAAGAGAUGCCUAGUGAGAAGGUAUUAAGUGUGCGCGAUAAUGAUAUUGGGCUGUCUAACGUGAUCGAGCAUGCCAUCCUUACGAGGGAUCAUCCACCCAUUAGCUGCGUUCCUUAUCGAUACUCGCCAGCACAACGGGCGGCCGCGUUUCAACGAAUUAAGGAAUUUGAAGCUAAUGGAUGGAUCGAACCCGCUAUAGAACCUUGGUCGUUUCCUGUGGUAAUCGUGCUCAAAAACGCCGGAGGGAUUCACAUAUGCAUCGAUUAUCGAAAGCUAAACGAUAUCACGAUCAAGGACGUGUACCCCCUUCCCCGGAUUGAUGAGUUGUUGGAUGCGAUUGGGAGUGCUCAAUUUUUCAGUAAGUUUGAUGUUCGACAUGGGUUUCAUCAUCUUCUUGUUCGAGAGGAGGAUCGUCUGAAAACGGCCCCCGCAACCUUUCAGCGAGCCAUGAACAUGGCUUUCCAAAACUUUGUGCGGAAGACCCGUCUGACGCAGAGUAUCAUCAACUAUUGCGUGAUUGUGUACAUAGAUGAUAUUCUGGUGUAUUCGAGUUCUUACGAGGGGCACGUGCAGCACAUCGAGUGGGCGCUGCAUGCAUUGAGAGAUGCCGGUUUCAAGGUGGCGCAAGAGAAAUGUCAGUUCUUUCUCACCACCAUUUCCUUCCUGGGACACGUGGUGAUAGACCAGGGACUCAAAACGGAACCACAAAAGGUGGCAGCCGUGAGAGACGCACCUGUGCCCACGACUAUUACGCAAGUUCGCGCUUUUCUGGGCCUGGCCUCGUACUACCGAAGGUUUAUCAAGGGCUUCGCGGCUAUUGCGGGACCCCUCACAAAUCUGUUGAAAAAGGAUCAGUCGUUGAUCUGGACGCUAGAGUGUGAUCAAGCGUUCUCAAAACUUAAGGCAACCCUUAUUUCGGCUCCGGUCCUUAUAAGACCGGAUCUUGCAAAGCCUUUUGUCCUCAUCACGGACUGGCAGUUGGAGGCAAUCUCAGCGAUCUUGGCCCAGAUGGGACCAGGCGGACUCGAAUGUAUGGUGGAAUACGCGUCUAAGUCGGUGCAUGCUUGCAAGCGCAAUUAUGCCGCCCCGACAGGAAAAUGCUACGCGGCUCUUUGGGGAAUCAGUCACUUUCGAGCCUAUCUGUACGGGCGGAAGUUCACGCUGGUGACCGAUCAUGAGCCAUUAUUAGCCCUGAAGAAAUCUAAGGAUUACUCGGGCAUGAUCGGGAGAUGUGCGACGGUGCUACAGAGCAUGGACUUCGACAUUCGCCAUCGAAAGCACGAGAGGCACGGGAAUGCUGACGGGUUGACACGACUGCACCGACCCGAGAAGGUCCUCAAGAGCGAGGAAGUGUUUCCGUGGAACGAGCCGAAGGAUGAGAACGGACCGCGUGACGAGAGUCCGGCUCCGCACGUCGUUACGCGAACCUUGGCACCGUACCUUCAGUGGACUGCAUGCUUGGAGGAACCGGGGAGUGAAAGCACCCUGCCAUCGCGGCAGGAGUACGUGAAGUCGUCCGGGGUCAUCGAUCUUGCCUUCUAUCCGAAGCAAGAUACGUCCGAGGAGGCGGUAGAAGAGGAAGAGGAGGAAGCCACCGAAGAAGAAGGCGACGUCGAAGAAGAGACGCAGGAAGAAGGGAGUUAUAAUGACCACAACGAAGGAGAGCAGAGUGAAGAAGAAGAAGAAGAAGAAGAAGAAGAAGAAGAAGUCGGAUCGGAGUGGGAGACCUUGUCGGAGGAAGCGGCGCGCACAGGUAUGGAGGCGGAAGAUCCCGAGGCAGCACGUAAGAGAGAAGAGAUCGCCGCCGGGAAAAGCCAGCUGGAAUUUGCCGGCGAGGCGAACCUGCGCAUCGACGACGACCCGACCAGGGAUUCAGAGCCCCCCGAGCCCGAAGAUGGCGGCCCAGCAACCGCGGCUCCGAGCGCAUCGCGGCGGAGACAGAGUCGAUCCCCCUCCCCCUCUGCCCCAGCCCAUCCCCCUGUUCGUCCACGUACCAAUGCGAGGGAUCGGCCUUCGUCCCCGGUCAUUAUCCCGCCGUCCCCUUGAUUACCUCACCCUCUCUCAGAUCUCUACCCUUGUCACCUUCACUCGCAACCCCUUCCCUCCCAAUACCUUCCGUCACUUUUUCUCCACCCG